AUCGGACGGUCAUUAUCGAAUAAUGUGACCCCACAAAAUCACAAAUGGAAAAAGCGUCGUUUACGGAUGACGGGGCGCUCUUCCCGUUUCCAAGCUUUUCGAUUCACAAAGUACGUUUUUUUUCCCUUUCUUCUUAUUAUAUAUAAAAACCCUUUUUCUCUCAAAUCUAGAGAGAGAAAUUUUGGUGAUUAGGGUUUUGCAGUUGUUGGGUUUUCUUUGUUUGAGAGAAAAAAGAUCGAGAAAUGGCCGAAAGGGUUAGUGGGAAAGUGAAGUGGUUCAGUGACCAGAAGGGCUAUGGCUUCAUUUCUCCCAACGAUGGAGGUGAAGAUCUUUUCGUUCAUCAGUCUUCCAUCAGAUCCGACGGUUUCCGGAGCCUCGGCGUUGGUGAGGAUGUUGAGUUUCUGAUCGAAGCCGAGUCCGAUGGCCGUUCCAAGGCCGUUGAUGUCACUGGCCCAGGAGAAGCUUCUGUGCAGGGAAGUCGCGGCGGCGGCAGUGGAGGUGGAGGUGGUUACUCCAGCGGAGGAGGUGGGUAUGGAGGAGGCGGCGGUGGUGGAAGAGGGAGACGUGGUGGUGGUGGAUAUGGGUUUAACGGUGGCAGUGGCGGCGGUGGCCGAGGUGGGUACGGCGGUGGUGGAGGUGGGUACGGUGGUGGGGGUUACGGAGGAGGUGGUGGCGGCGGCGGAGGUGGUGCUUGUUUCAAGUGUGGUGAGACUGGUCAUAUGGCUAGGGACUGCUACCAGAGUGGAUCUCAAGGCGGUGGAGAUAGGUACGGCGGAGGUGGCGGUGGUGGUGGAAACUGCUAUAGCUGUGGUGAAUCUGGGCAUUUCGCAAGGGAGUGUCCAAGCAGUGGUCGUUGAUCGCGUAAAUUGAUGAACUAGCAAGGCGAUUUACUUUUGUUUGCUUCAAUCUGGGGGUGUUUUGUUCGGUUUUCCUUCGCCUUUCAUCUCAGUUUUGAUCUACUGAGGUCUGUAAGGUCAUCUUUUAAUAGGAUUCGAGUAGCAGCUUUUUUUUUUUUUUUUUUGUCAUCUAUGGAUUAUCAGUUUAGUAUCUGGUUUGACUAUCUUUUGGGUGUUGGAUGAUUAUGUUGGUUGAUGGAUUUUAGGGGUAUUUUAUCAGCGAUCCUUAGAAAAAGAGAUGAUCUAUGUGGGAAGUCUUCCUUUGAUUACUCUGGUUCUUUAACUGUUGAUACAAGUGUUUCGAUCCAUCUCUAAAUUUCUUGUGUAAAUUGAAUAUGGAUUUUCAUCUAC